UGCUCUGGAAUAAGGGAAACUCUCUUGAAUCUCCUGGAAACAUGUCGACGGGAGAAAGUUUUGAGUCUCGGUUUGAAAAAAUUGACGUGACUUUAAAGGACCCCAAAUCCGAAGUGAACGUGGACUGUUUGCUGGAUGGAUUAGAUGCUUUGGUAUAUGACUUGGAUUUUCCUGCCUUGAGAAAAAACAAAAACAUUGAUAACUUCUUAAACAGGUAUAAAGACACAGUAAAUAAGAUAAGAGAUUUGCGCAUGAAAGCUGAAGAUUAUGAAGUGGUGAAGGUGAUCGGUAGAGGGGCAUUUGGAGAGGUUCAGUUGGUAAGGCAUAAAUCCUCAAGGAGAGUGUAUGCUAUGAAACUUUUAAGCAAAUUUGAGAUGAUAAAAAGAUCAGAUUCUGCAUUCUUCUGGGAAGAAAGGGAUAUUAUGGCUUUUGCUAACAGUCACUGGGUUGUUCAGUUAUUCUAUGCAUUCCAAGAUGACCGUUACCUUUACAUGGUGAUGGAAUACAUGCCUGGUGGGGACCUUGUGAAUUUAAUGAGCAACUAUGAUGUUCCAGAGAAAUGGGCAAGAUUUUAUACUGCUGAAGUUGUACUUGCAUUAGAUGCAAUUCACUCAAUGGGUUUUAUACACAGAGAUGUGAAGCCUGAUAAUAUGCUGCUAGAUAAAGCUGGUCAUUUAAAACUAGCAGAUUUUGGUACUUGUAUGAAGAUGAACAAGGAAGGUAUGGUACGAUGUGAUACGGCUGUGGGAACACCAGACUAUAUCUCUCCUGAAGUAUUGAAGUCCCAGGGUGGCGAUGGUUAUUAUGGACGAGAAUGCGACUGGUGGUCAGUUGGAGUCUUUUUGUAUGAGAUGCUUGUAGGUGAUACACCAUUUUAUGCAGAUUCUUUGGUUGGGACAUACAGUAAGAUCAUGAACCAUAAGAAUUCCCUAACAUUCCCUGAUGACAAUGACAUUUCUAAAGAGGCAAAAAACCUUAUUUGUGCCUUUUUAACUGAUAGGGAAGUGAGGCUAGGACGAAACGGCGUAGAAGAAAUUAAACGACACCUUUUCUUCAAAAAUGAUCAGUGGGCAUGGGAAACUCUGAGAGACACUGUAGCACCAGUUGUGCCUGACUUAAGCAGUGACAUUGACACUAGUAAUUUUGAUGAUCUGGAAGAAGACAAAGGAGAGGAAGAAACAUUUCCUAUACCAAAAGCAUUUGUGGGAAACCAGCUUCCUUUUGUAGGAUUUACGUACUACAGCAACCGUCGGUAUUUAGCUGUCUCUGCAGAAAAUUCCAAUGAUAACAGAACAGGUUCCAGUGUGGAUAAAAGUGUGAUGGAAAAUAUGCAGAAGAUGAUCUAUGAGUUGGAAGAACAACUGCAUAAUGAAAUGCAGUUGAAAGAUGAAAUGGAGCAAAAGUGCAGAUCUUCAAACAUAAAGCUAGACAAGAUUAUGAAAGAACUGGAUGAAGAGGGAAAUCAAAGAAAAAGCUUGGAAUCAACGGUGUCUCAGAUUGAGAAGGAAAAGAUGGUAUUGCAACAUAAGAUAAAUGACUACCAAAGAAAAAUUGAACAAGAGAAUGAAAAACGACGAAAUGCAGAAAAUGAAGUGUCCACACUAAAAGAUCAGAUGGAAGACUUGAAAAAAAUCAGCCAGCAUUCACAAAUUACAAAUGAAAAGAUAACACAGUUACAAAAACAACUAGAAGAAGCAAAUGAUUUGCUGAGGACAGAAUCGGAUACAGCAGCAAGACUGAGAAAGGGUAACACAGAAAUGAGCAAGUCAUUAAGUCAGGUAGAAUCGCUGAAUAGAGAACUGCAGGAAAGAUGCAGAGUUCUAGAGAGCACGAAACUGCAGGUGGAGAAAGAUUGUUACCAACUGCAAGCCGCUUUGGAGUCGGAACGAAGGGACAGAAGUCAUGGAUCUGAAAUGAUUGGAGAACUACAGGUUCGGAUUACAACUCUACAAGAAGAAGUAAAAAACAUUAAAAACAACCUUGAAAGAGUGGAAGCGGAAAGAAAACAAGCACAAGAUAUGCUUAAUCAUUCAGAAAAGGAGAAAAAUAAUUUAGAGAUAGAUUUGAACUACAAACUUAAAUCAUUACAAGACCGGUUAGAACAGGAAGUAAAUGAACACAAAGUGACUAAAGCUCGGUUAACUGACAAACAUCAGUCAAUAGAGGAGGCAAGAUCAGUUGCAAUGUGUGAAAUGGAAAAAAAAGUAAAGGAAGAAAGGGCAGCAAGAGAAAAGGCGGAAAAUCGAAUAGUUCAAGCUGAAAAACAGUGUUCCAUGCUGGACUUUGACCUGAAGCAAUCUCAGCAGAAACUGGAACACCUUCUCCAGCAAAAGGAAAGACUGGAAGAUGAAGUAAAGAAUCUAACACUGCAGCUAGAACAAGAGACAAAUAAGCGAAUAACGGCACAGAAUGAAUUAAAGGCACAAGCUUUUGAAGCAGAUAACUUGAAAGGUUCUGAGAAGCAGCUGAAACAGGAAAUCAAUACGUUGUUGGAAGCAAAGAGGUUACUGGAAUUCGAUUUGGCUCAACUUGCAAAAAAGUACAGAGGAAAUGAAGGUCAAAUGCGUGAGCUUCAGGAUCAGCUUGAAGCUGAGCAGUAUUUUUCGACGCUUUACAAAACUCAGGUUAAGGAACUGAAAGAGGAAAUCGAUGAAAAGAAUAAAGAAACUCAAAGAAAAAUGCAGGAAUUGCAAAACGAAAAAGAAACGCUCACGACCCAGUUGGAUUUAGCUGAAACCAAAGCUGAGUCAGAACGGUUGGCACGAGCACUCCUUGAAGAACAGUAUUUUGAACUGAGUCAGGAAAGCAAAAAAGCAGCAUCAAGACAUAGGCAAGAAAUGACUGAUAAGGACAGCAUCAUAAGAAGGCUGGAAGAAACUAAUAACACAUUAACCAAAGAUGUUGAUUUAAUAACAAAGGAGAAUUCGGAGAUCAGUGAAAAAAUAAAGAAGCAGGAGGAAGAAUACAAAAUGAAAAAAGAGGAGGAGAUCAAUAAUAUUAGAAUGCACUAUGAGAAGAGCAUUAACAAUGAAAGAACUCUGAAGACACAGGCUGUCAACAAACUGGCUGAGAUAAUGAAUCGGAAAGAUUUUAAAAUAGACAGAAAGAAAGCUAACAUGCAAGAUUUGAGGAAGAAAGAGAAGGAAAACCGAAAGCUUCAAUUGGAGCUUAAUCAAGAAAAAGAGAAAUUCAAUCAGAUGGUAGUGAAAUACCAAAAGGAGCUCAAUGAAAUGCAAGCGCAACUAGCAGAAGAAUCUACGUACAGGAAUGAGCUCCAGAUGCAGCUAGAUAGUAAAGAGAGUGACAUAGAACAACUACGAAGGAAAAUUUUGGACCUCCAGCAAGGAAUGGAUUCUACCAGUGUUGCUAGUCUCCAGCCCGAUGAAACAGAUGGGAAUCUUUCAGAGUCAAGACUUGAAGGUUGGCUUUCUGUACCAAACAAAGGAAAUAUAAAGCGGCAUGGCUGGAAGAAACAGUAUGUUGUGGUGAGCAGUAAAAAGAUACUGUUCUACAAUGAUGAAAAGGACAAGGACCAGUCUAAUCCAUCCAUGGUACUAGAUAUAGAUAAGCUGUUCCAUGUCCGGCCUGUAACUCAAGGAGAUGUAUAUAGAGCUGAAACUGAAGAAAUUCCUAAAAUAUUCCAGAUUCUCUAUGCUAAUGAGGGGGAAUGCAGGAAGGAUUUGGAGGUAGAACCAGUACAGCCAACAGAGAAGACAAAUUUUCUAAAUCAUAAAGGCCACGAAUUUAUUCCAACGUUAUACCACUUCCCAGCCAACUGUGAGGCCUGUGCCAAACCUCUUUGGCAUGUCUUUAAACCCCCUGCUGCCCUAGAAUGUCGAAGAUGCCACGUGAAGUGCCAUAGAGACCACUUGGAUAAAAAGGAGGAAUUAAUUGCACCGUGCAAAGUGAGUUACGAUGUAACUUCAGCAAGAGAUAUGUUGUUAUUGGCAUCCUGUCAAGAUGAACAGAAGAAGUGGGUGACUCAUUUAGUAAAGAAGAUCCCUAAGACACCACCAUCUACUUUUGUUCGUGCUUCUCCUAGAACUAUGUCAACAAGAUCCUCAGCAAAUCAGUCGUUCCGAAAAGCUGUUAAAAAUACUUCUGGAAAAACGAGGCAGUGGCUAUGGAGAAAGCAUAUUGGGCAUAAGCAGUUUAGAAAUGCAAAGGAGUUGCCCAGCAAGAGCACUAGGUAUGUGUUUGAUGCUUGCCUUUCACGCUGCCGGAAAACAUGUGCAGGAGGCAGGUGGGGAGCCCCUGCACCUCGCUGAUGCUUGACGAGCUGCUCGGGCUGCUUCAUGGCACGCUGUUCCCCAACAGACAACUGCCACUGGGUUGACUGGAACGUAGAGCGGUUGUGUGGCACCUGCAGAGCAAUUGCAAGCAAACAGUGAAGACACUGAGUUGCACUGAGUGAAUAAGCGUUAUAAAAGAAGGUCAGAUAGGAACCUUCUCUUUUAAGCUGUUCUACUGUGAGUGUUCUUGCAACUUUCCCAGACAAAUGUGAUGUUGGCCGUGUCUAUGAACUGGACAAUCCCUGCUGUGAUGCAGUAUAGCCAAUCUGCUCUGAUAUCACUGCAUAUUCCAUCUUGUAUGUUUAGAAGAAGAAACAUUUGGAUUUAUUUUAGGAAAAUUCACUUCUGAUGUACCAGAUGUUUAAAUUCAGAUUAUGAAAUAAAUUUACAAUGGAUCUUUUAUACUGAACACUUAACUGUGAUGGCACAGUAGCUGAGCUAACCUAACAGCCUGCUGCUGCUUAAAGGGGAGGAUUUUCCCCUCUGUCUUCUUUCCCUGCUUUUCUGCCAUUGGAUCCUGGGUAAGUGUUUGAAAUGAUCCAUUUUGGAGCCUUCCGUGGAGAUCCACAGUUCAGUUUCCUGACUAUCAAAAAAAUGUAGACUUCUUUUGCCUCGCUAGUGAGUAGAAUCAGCCUGCUGAGAAGUGUGGUGCCAGAGGUGAGGACAGGUAGGAGUGAACAUGCUCCCCUGGGGUCAGGAAGGUGAAAAGUGGAGGAGCAGCGGGCCCUUUUCCUGUCAGGAGGCAGCGAGUUGUUAGAUCAGCUUAACUCAAGCACCUUGAGUGCUCAUCCCAACCUCUUUACCUUGAUAUGGCAGUAAGAGAAGCAGUGAGGAGUUUUACGGGAUGUACGUGUUCAGCUUUUACGGAGUAUCUGAAAAUUGUUUUGUCAGGCAGUUUGGCAGAAUGUGAUCUCGGUGGUGGAGUCCUACCACGUAAGCAGCUGUUAACUGUUUUGUCAAAUGGGUCGACACUUUAUGCCUGAAGAUGUUUCAUAACGUUUUGUAUAUGGUCUGAUCCACCUUUCUUUGCAGUUGGCAGGCAGCACUGCGUUGGUUUCAUGGGGAGAAGAAUCAGCCCCAUUAAAAGGAGCUUCACUUACAAGUUCAUCUUAAGUUCUAUUCAUUUGAAUAACUUAUCCCUAGUAAAUACGAGUCAGACCUUCAUUAUGAACUUUCUAGCAUUUGCAGCACUGCUUCUGGACAUGAAAUGUCAUUGUGUAUAGCAUGCUGAUUUAUACGCUUUGGGCUUGGGCACAUGAUCUAGUUAAUACAUUUUUACAAACCCAAACAACCAAAACUCCUAUGCAUCAGAUGAGCUCUGGCAAUCGCAUGUGCCUACUCUUAGCCCUGUAGAGCUGCUUCUUGUCCUGUGAGUGAGAGGGCCUCACCUUGCAUUUGCCAUGAAUGCACCCAAGAUUGUUUACUUUUAAUGGCUUACUGUAAAGCUGCAGUAAUGUUAUUGUCUGUCUGAUGUCUGUGUUCCUUUAGUGUUUGAAAUCAAGAACAGUUUGGAAGAUCAUGUAGGUAAGAUUGUACUGUUGUACCAUGGCAAUUGAAAAAAUACUGUGUUAACAUAAAGCAUUUUCUUCACCGAGGCGCUCGGCAAACACGCACCAGUGUUACGAAGCUAAUUUUUAUAUUUGUUAUUAAUUGUCUGUUUUCUUUUG